AAAUAUUUUUCCUAACUCUUGAACUUGGUGGGCUGUUUCUGGAAUUUUUACUUGGUAUUUGGAAACGUGUUUAUAGAAGUGGACACAGAAAAACUGGCUGAAUAAUCCAGCGUUUCCCCCCCUCUAUUCUCUGCUCGGAAAAUGAAUGAUUUAGGGAAGUUAAAUUCAUACACAUUGUAUCAGUUGAAUGAAUAAAAAUGAUUUUGUUUUCUGUUUUCCUUGUGUUUUCUCUAUUUUUCAGAAACUGGUAGAGUCUGAGGGCUUCCCUGUGUAAUGAACAUCUUGUUUAAUGCAUGUUCUGCUGCAAUUUUUACAAGGACUAGAAGACGUGCCGUGAAGAGUUCAAUUGGUGCAUUUUCAGCUCUUUCAUGGAAGACAGGUGUUGGAUUUACUGCAACUAGAAAAGUUGAUUUCGAUUUGUUUUUUAAGCAAAUCUGUGUUCGCUGCUAUUCAUCCAAAAAGUCUAGUGGAAAUAAAUCUAGCUCACAGAAGUCUGAUCCUACUCCAAAAAUGAAGGAAGAUAGAGAUGGUUUCUUUGUUGUUAGAAAAGGAGAUCUGGUUGGGGUCUACAAAAACUUGAGUGAUUGUCAAACUCAAGUCGGAUCCUCGAUAUGUGACCCUCCUGUAAGUGUGUAUAAAGGCUAUGCCAUGCCUAAGGACACAGAGGAAUAUCUUCUCUCUUGUGGGCUUAAAAAUGCUCUUUACUCUGUCAGAGCUGCUGAUCUGACUGAAGAUCUCUUUGGGACCCUAGUACCAUGCCCUUUUCAGCAACCCUCUUCCUCAAAAGGUGGGAUGCCUGAACAUAUGCCAAAGAAGAGGUCACAGGAUGUAAUGUGGUCAGAAUAUACGGAUGCUGUUGGAUCAGCUGUUAUUUCAAAUGAUUCCCUUAGAAAGCAUGGCAAGUUGGAUGAUCAAAAGGAUGACCAAGCUCUGCCAUCUGGUCAGCGGUCUUGUACUCUUGAAUUUGAUGGUGCUUCAAAAGGAAAUCCUGGACUAGCUGGUGCAGGAGCUGUCCUGCGGGCUGAUGAUGGCAGUUUUAUCUGUAGGCUACGUGAAGGUUUAGGAGUAGCAACAAACAAUGCUGCUGAAUAUCGAGGCAUUAUUUUGGGGUUGAACUAUGCACUUAGCAAAGGGUUUACAAGUAUUCGCGUUCAGGGUGACUCCAAACUUGUUUGUAUGCAGAUUCAGGGCCUAUGGAAGGUUAAAAAUCAAAACAUCUCCACGCUGUAUGAGCAGGCAAAACAACUGAAAGAUAGUUUUCUUUCUUUCCGGAUCAUUCAUGUCCUUCGGGAGUCAAACUCUGAUGCCGAUGUUCAGGCGAACUUGGCCGUUGAACUUGCUGAUGGUCAAAUUCAGGAGGAGAUAAGAGAAAUAACUGAAGGGCACUUGAAAAUGACUUCAUAGUCCGUGGCUGAAAAAUGUAGCAACGGUCCUCUAAGAUUUGUAUUCUCUCGGGGUUAAGUUAUCCUAUUUUUGCCAAUACCAACAACCGUAAAGGAUUAUGCCUAUGAAGCCAGUGUAUUGCGCGUAUAGCCGCAUACUAAUAUUCUUCAUUGUUAAUGGAUUAAUGUUAUUGCAAUUGGGAACUUGUAAAUGUAAUUAGGGAUGGGAUCAUAAUUGGCAACAGAGCCAAAUUUUACUGAUGAGAGGGUUCUUUAAUCAAAUGCAAAACGUUUGAUGCAAGUCAUCGUCUGUGAUUUGUCAUUUUUAUUGCAGAACUGUUGUCAUUUUAUUUUUCACUCCUUAUUCUAUUGCUGAGGACACAUUAAGUAUUUAUAUAUAUCCCAAUAUAUAAAUAAUUUGGUA